CUCCAACUUUCCGACCUGAAGAUCACUGACGUCAUGACUUGACCUUGUAUUGUUCCGAGUGGCCAGUUGUUUUGAAAGCGGCACGAGGGCUGAGCAGGCUAAAACACACCACAGAAAUCACCUGCUGAUGACACCAGGAAGUUUGCCAUUUCCGCGCACGCGUUGUCUGCAGGGAGAAGCUAGCUGAUCUGCCGCCACCACACAAAGCUACAACUAGCCUAGCAUGGUAGACUUUGAAAAACAUAUAGCUAUAAAUCUUGCGUAUCUAGAAUGUUUCAAACGCAGUUUUACAUUGUUUAGCAAAAAUAACUGAUGGUGAAAUGAACGGCUGAGAUACGAUUCGUUGCAUUUAGUGGAAGCAUGGAAAUGAAAGAGUGGGAUCUCCAGACAGCACCAUGAAGCAGUCAGUGAUAACCUAGGUCCAAGGGAACUCUGAUCUCUAACCAUUACUUUGAUCACCCGUCCUGAGGUGCGUACAUGGGAUUCCCAUCAAUAGCAUGAAAUAUAAGCAUUCCUAUCAACAUCUGCUGGAAAGGUUAAGUGUUAAGGCUGCUGCUGAGGGGGAAGCUGGCCAUGUCACGGGUUCCUACCCCUCCUCCACCAGGGGACAUGUCUACUGGACCUGUGGCAGAGAGCUGGUGUUACACACAGGUGAAAGUAGUCAAGUUCUCCUACAUGUGGACCAUCAACAACUUCAGUUUCUGUAGAGAGGAGAUGGGGGAGGUUUUAAAGAGUUCCACCUUCUCAUCUGGACCCAACGACAAGAUGAAAUGGUGUCUGAGAGUCAACCCAAAAGGACUGGAUGAUGAAAGCAAAGAUUAUCUGUCGCUGUAUUUACUACUUGUUAGUUGUCCAAAAAGUGAAGUCAGAGCAAAGUUCAAGUUUUCCUUAUUGAACGCUAAAAGAGAAGAGACUAAAGCUAUGGAAAGCCAAAGAGCCUAUCGGUUUGUCCAGGGGAAGGACUGGGGCUUCAAGAAGUUCAUUAGAAGAGAUUUCCUGCUUGAUGAAAGCAACGGGUUGUUACCUGAUGACAAGCUCACCCUGUUCUGUGAGGUGAGUGUGGUGCAGGACUCUGUGAACAUCUCUGGCCAGUCCAACAUGAACAUGCUGAAGGUACCAGAGUGCCAGCUGUCAGACGACCUGGGGAACCUGUGGCAGUGUUCCCGCUUCACUGACUGUUCCCUCUAUGUUGGAGGGCAGGAGUUCAAGGCACACAAAUCCAUCCUAGCAGCGAGAUCUCCCGUAUUUAGCGCCAUGUUUGAACAUGAGAUGGAAGAGAGUAAAAAGAACCGUGUGGACAUCAGUGAUGUGGAGCCAGACGUGUUUAAGGAGAUGAUGGGAUUCAUCUACACAGGGAAAGCUCCCAACCUGGACAAGAUGGCCGACAACCUGCUGGCAGCUGCUGACAAAUAUGCCUUGGAGCGUUUAAAGGUGAUGUGUGAAGAGGCUCUGUGCACCAGCCUCUCUGUGGAGAACGUGGCUGAUACCCUGAUCCUGGCGGACUUACACAGUGCUGAGCAGCUCAAAGCACAAGCCAUAGAUUUUAUCAACAGGUGCAGCGUCCUCCGACAGCUGGGCUGUAAAGAUGGGAAAAACUGGAAUAGCAAUCAUGCCACGGACAUAAUGGAGACGGCAGGCUGGAAGUCAAUGAUCCAGUCCCACCCUCACUUAGUGGCCGAGGCCUUCAGAGCCUUGGCAUCGGCACAGUGCCCGCCCUUCGGCCUGCCGAGGAAGCGCCUAAAACAGUCCUGACUGCUACAGCAGAGACAGCCCUCUGAUCCAGACACUAGGAGCUGAGACAGCAUGGAGACCCCCCCCCCCCCCCCCCCCCCCCCGAGCAGGGAUGAACAGAGCUGGGAGGCUAACUGGCUGGGAGGCUGACUCCUACUGGUGGAAAGAAAUGUUUGGUUUUGGUCCUCAAGUUUUGUCUGCUAUUUUUGUCAUUUCAAAUGGCAAAAUCUGCCAUUACUCUGGAGCUGAUCUACUGUGUUCUCCCUAUUUGAUUCUGUGGCUGCCCUGUCCCACAGACCAGGCUGCCCCGUCCCACAGACCAGGCUGCCCCGUCCCACAGACCAGGCUGCCCCGUCCCACAGACCAGGCUGCCCCGUCCCACAGACCAGGCUGCCCCGUCCCACAGACCAGGCUGCCCCGUCCCACAGACCAGGCUGCCCCGUCCCACAGACCAGGCUGCCCCGUCCCACAGACCAGGCUGCCCCGUCCCACAGACCAGGCUGCCCCGUCCCACAGACCAGGCUGCCUCCAGAUUGCACUAGUUCCCAUAGUAAUUUUGAUAUGGAAUUCUAUAGGGACGUGUUAAGGGUUUGAUUAAUGAGAAAUAUAUAUUUGUAAUGUUUAGCCCAUUUUGUGACUAGACAUUAAAGCGUGAACACUUUCAGUGCAAGAUCAAUUCUUUACACUUUUUAAAAGAUGAGUAUGCCCCAUAUUGAUGGCACCAUUUCUAUGUAAAUGACAGUUUAACCAUCUUCAGAAGACCGGUUUUAAAGCAAGUCUGUUCUAUUUUCUGGCAUUACGAGACCCUGUGUUGAUGCUGUUAUUGUAUGUAAGACAAACAUGUCUAUACACUCUGCCUCUGAACUAGUCACACUCGCUAUUGGACGAAUAGGAAAGGCAAUUUCCCCAGACAGUCUCCCAUUGGACGAUCACUUAUGCAAAGACCAACCUAGUGUCUUCAGACAGUAUUCAUACCCCUCAACUUAUUCCACAUGUUGUUACAGGCUGCAUUCAACAUGGAUUAAAUUGCUUGUUUUUUUCUCACCCAUCUAGUCACAAUACCCCAUAAUAAAGUGAAAAUAUGUUUUUA